ACACCGAAAUGGUUGUCUCACGUUGUUUUAAUAGUAAACAAUACAUAAAAGAAUUAUUUUUUUAAAAGUAAAAAUCAGUUUUAUCAUUGAAAAUAAGCUAUGAAAAACUUAUUUUCAAUUGAUGCAGUUUUUUCUCUUUUUAUAUAUUAAAUAAAAGAAUCUGAAAUAUAAUAAUGUCUUCUGAUCAGAAAUUAUCCAAAUCACAGUCUAAUGAAGAGGUUUCAGAUCUGGUUAUUGAUGCAAUUAAAAGUUUAAAGAAGACUGGAGGUUCUUCAUCAGAAGCUAUUCUUCAAUACAUAAGAAGUCACAAAUCCAGUAAUAUUGAUGCCAUUGAAAUUGAAAGAUGUUUGAACAUAGCCCUCGCUAAAAAGAUAGUUAGAAGUCGAACUAAUAAAAAGUCUGGAAUAAAAUUCUACAAAAUUUCUGCUAAGGUCCCAUUAUCUACUGAGAAAAUGGAGAUGGAGACAAAAGUUCAAGAGAAUAAUAAAAGUGGCAAGAAACUUAGGAAACGAAAAUUAAGAGCAAAGAAAAAUGUCAAUAGUGCAAAGAAAUUUGAAGAGAAUGCAGAAGGCUCUAAGACUGCAGAGAAUAAAGAACCAGCUUCACAAAAAAAUUACUUGAUUUGCGAUAUUUGUAAAGUUACUUUGAGCUCUAAAAAAAACCUUAAAGUACAUGAAAAAGGGAGAAAACAUCAGAAUGCAUUGAAUAAGAAAAAGGGAAAAGAACAGAAGAAAAAUAUGAAUUCUUCAACAGAAAAAAGGGACAUAAAUGAUGAUCAUUCUUCAAGUGUUCCUACUGAUUUCCAGUGUUCCAAUCCUUCUGAAACCAAUUUCAAUGUAUCUAAUGGAAAAAAAAGUCAUUCUCAUGACUAUAAAGACAGUUAUUCAAACUCAUCCAACAAUUAUUAUUCUCCGAAUCAUAAAACGCCUUAUCCUCCUAAUUAUAGAGAACCUUAUUCCACUAAACGCAGAGAAUCUUAUAAUAACAGGCGAAAUUGUGACUAUAGAAAUUAUCAUUGGAAUAGAUGGCCACCAAAUCAACCUUUUAGAAAUGGUCCGGAUAAGAGGUUUCAAUCAUACAAUCAUUAUAAUAGAUACGAUCAAAAUUAUCAUUGUAACCAGUCUCCUCAUAUGGAAAAAGAACAUUCACCUAUACACAGCAAUAAUUGGGCAGGCAUACCUAAUCCAGAAAGUAAUGAAUUUUUUUCUGAAAAUAUUCAGUCUGAAAAUAUCCAACCUGUUGAAGGUGAAACACAUUCCACUAAUAACAAUUUUGAUGAAAUAAUAAAUACUUCCACUGAUGAUCAUAAAUCUCCAGUUAAGAAAUCAGAUAAGAAAGCUAAAAGAAGUCCUAGAAUUCCAAUUAAAGUCAUUACUAAAACUUCUGUAGUCAUUGAAGAUAUUCAGAAUCAGCUUGAAAGUGAAAAACACCAAGAAAAGGGUGUUGUGUUAUCUGAAAAUAUUGCAGGGAAAAGGCUUGCUCAUUGGAUUAAUCCAUCCAAUCAGAAAGAUCAAGCAGAAAUUAGACGAUUAGUAACUGAAUUUUCUAAGUCUAAAAAAAAAGAGAAUCUUAUUAAGCUGAAACUGCAUACAGAUAAAGUGCCUGUCAAUAGUGAUAGUAAUCAGAGUGUUACUGAAGAACCAAAUAAUGUGAGCAGUUUACCAAUAACACCUGAAUUACCUGAAAGUAUGAAUUCAUCUCAACUUUCCUUUGAAACUGUCACUGAUGUUUCAUCUAACUCAUUGACAUUUAUUUCUACAGAAAAUAAAAAAAGGCGGCAUUCAAGCUCUUUGACGGAUAUUGCUUCAAAUACGACCUUGCCAAAUAUACCUUUACCUGCAGCUAGAACUCGUUCUGAAUCUCUUACUUUAAAUGAAAAUACUAAAAUAUUACAAGGCAUUGGUGCUAAAAGAAAAGCCAACAAGCCAUGUGAAUCUCCUUUUAGCAGGAAAAGAAAGGAUUCUGUAGAUCAAGGUAGUAAUUCAAAAAAACAUAGGUGCUCAUCUGCAGAAUGUCUUGAAAAAUGUAUAGAAAGUGCUAUUGCAAAUACAGAUACUUUAAUAAAUUCUGAAAGGCUGGAAUCUAUUGAAAGUACUCCAUUAACUAUGAAUGAAGCUUCCAAAGAAUGUUCUUCACAAAAAGAGGCAGUGUAUAUUAAGAAAGAAAUUGUUGAUGAAAUGGAUACUACUCAAAUGACAUCUUUAAGUUUAAAUGAACUUAUACAAAAACAAACAGAUGUAAUUGCUAACUGUCAAGAUGACGCCAGUAUGACACCUGUGGAAUCGCUCAUCAACUUAUUUGCCACUGGAAAUAUCACCAUAAAAAAGGAAUUUGAUGAUCCUCUCAUUGAUGCUAUUAGAUCCAUAGAUCCUGUUCUUCUAAAUAAAGUAUGUGAAGAUCAACUAAUAUCAGAUAAAAAUGGUCCUAAUCAAGAGAUUAUAGAAAAAGUUAUUGAGCCAGCAGUUGCCCCCUCUCCAACAAUUCCUGAUAAUUCUCUAACAUUAUCUUUAAAAAAUAUAUUAAAUGAACUCCAGAUUAUAUCAGAUGAAGAAGAAAAUGUGAAAAGCAACCUACUAAACGCUGAUCAACAAAUACAGUAUUAUCAGUCACUUUUAGAUGAAUGGAAGACAAAGAAAAUAAAGUUUCAAAGUGAAGAAGAAAUUCUGAGGAACAAACGGAACACUCUUGUUAGAACUAUGAAUGAUUUAGUAAUGCAGCAAAGUGCAGAAUGCAGAUCCACAGUUGAAUCUCCAAGACCAGAAGAGAGGCCAUCUUCUAAUUCCCCACAAAAUAGAAAUGUGAUAAACAAUACUCUUGGCUCUAUCAAUAAUGAAAUUGAUGCUAUAAAAAUUAAUGAUACAGAAAAAGAUUCUUUUACUUCAAUUCAACAAGAAACAACCACAGAAAAUUCUAUGAAAAUUGAUCAUGAUGUUAUUCCCUUGGAAAGUGAUGAAGUAGUUAUUCUUCCAUUACCUGAAAAUAGAAUUCCUGUGAUUGACAUUGAUCUUAUUGCCUCACCUGAAAAAAAUAAUGAUACUGAUGACUUUAGUAUAACAGAUCCAAGUACUGACUGUAUUUCAGCAAAUUGUCUCAAAAUCAGAGAUCUGGUAGCUCAUAAUGCUCAUAUUAAUUCCAUACAGGUUUUCGGUGAUUAUUUAUACACUUGUGCCAGUGAUAAAACUGCAAAAAGAUUUCAUUUAAAAGAUCCAACUCAGGUUAUUACUUACAAACAUGAUGAAAAGAAUAUCUAUCAUCUUUUCAUAGAAAAAAUGCAAGGAAAGACAUAUGUUUUUACAUGUGGUUUAAACUCUAAUUUUAUUACAGUAUUUGAUGCUGAGAGUGCUCUAAAAGUGAAAGUUCACCAAUUUCGACCUACUAUUGCAAGUAUGUGCAAAGGCAGAUAUAAAAUAUAUGUUGGUUUCAGAAAUGGAGUUAUUGCCACUUGCAAUUGGAAGGAUUAUAAGGAGCUGGUGAACAUUGAAGAACCUAUAAGAAGUAUAGCCACAACUCAUCAAGGUGGUGUUAAUAUUUUAGUUGCACUGUCUACUAAAGGACAUGUUUCUAUUCGUGACGGCGACAGAAAUGGGCUGCUUAUUAAAUAUAUCAAAGCCCUUACUCAUGUUCCGUUGUUUAUGUCUAUCUAUAAUGAUUGGGUAUAUCUCAGUAGUGCUGGAUACUUGUCAGUUCUAGAUUUAUCAUCUGGUACGUUUGUGAAAAAAUAUGAGCUUCCAGCUGCAUAUACAAGUUUAACUGUGUACAAAGACCACAUUUUCACUACAUCUUUUUCUGGCUUUGUAAGAUGUUACUCAAAGAAUGAUAUUCAAGAUGUAAAAGCCUAUUAUGGUGCUGGAAAAAUGGCUUUGACUUGUAUAUAUGCACAUGAUGGUUGGAUAUUUACAGGAAACAGGACUGGUGAGGUAUCUGUUUUUAAAUUUGAUCCAGAGACUUCUUUACCUUGUCAGUUUGGGACAUGCCAGAUGGUGUUUGCUCGAAUAGAUGAUCUGAUGUACCAUGUACUUCAAGGGAAAGAUCAUAAUUUAAUAUCAAUGAAGACAUGCCUUUGGCAGAAGUGCAAGGCUACUAUAAAGAAAAGCUGGGAUCAAGAAGCAAUUCAUGGCCACAUUCGUGCACAUAUUACAGCUUCAUAUCCAUACCUCCAUGAACCAAAGUACAAUCUAACUGUUUAACUGAAUCAUUUAUAUUUGAUUUUAUAUGAAUUGAAAAAGUGUGCUUGUAAUACUUUUUUUUUUUUUCGAAACAUUAUUUGUACAGUUAAAUUGUAAUUUUUGAUUAAAGAUGUUUAUAUAAUUU